GAAUAGCUGACAGCUGUCAAUCAUUUUGUAUUUUUUGUUUACCUUAAAUUUUUGUUAUGUAGAACAUAUAACACAGACUGAAAAAUGUUGAAAUAAUUUUAACUACGAUGAAGAAUUAGUAAUUGUACAAAGAUAUCUGCUCAAAUUAACAAUGAAUAGCAAUGAUUGUUGGUACCAUGGUGAACUUAGUAGGGAAGAAGCUGAUAAUUUAUUACAAAAUGGUACUCAUGUAGAUGGUACAUUUCUAGUACGAGAAAGUGAGUCAUCUAAAGGGGACUAUGUAUUAUCAGUACUUCACACUGACCAAGUCCGACAUUUUCAAAUCAGGAGACAUACCGAAGACGUUUUCUUCUCUAUAAAUGAACCUACAAUACAUGGGUUAGAAUGUCUGAUUGAAUAUUAUCAAGAGAACCCUGAUGGUCUAGCUGAAGGGUUGAAAUUAACAGAAUACGUUAAAAAAGAUCCUCCACCUCAUGACUUGAGAAGACAUGGUCGCACUAAUCUAUUGCAUAGAGCCACCAGUGAAGGUAGUUUUAAGGUUGUAACAGAACUGUUGAGGACUGGCUAUCGACACGAAGCCAAGAAUGAAUAUGGGCAGACUGCCGUUCAUCUUGCCAGUAUUAAAGGAAAUGAUGACAUUUUAAGGGAACUAAUUGAGUAUGGUGCUAACACAAAUUCAAGAGACACUGCAGGGUUCACACCAUUACAUUAUGCUUGUCAAAAUAAUUUUUCUACAACUGUAAGGUUACUUGUGCAAGUCGGGGGAGCUAAUAUUCAAGCAAGAAACACUGAAAAUGGCUCAGUUCCAUUACAUGAAGCUGCAGCAAAUGGUCAUAAGGAAGUUGUAAGAGAAUUGUUGAGCUUGAAUGCACCUGUUAAUCCGAGAAAUGCAUCUGGUCUAGUGCCUUCUCAAAUAGCAAGGAGUAGUGGUCAUAUUGAUUGUGCGGAGAUCCUAGAAAAUUAUAAGUGUCCUAUUCCAAAAACAUAUGCCAAUCAAUGGUACCAUGGUACCUUAGGAAGGAGAGAAGCUGAGGAAAUUAUAAAAGAUUAUAGUACAAAAAAUGGAACAUUCCUUAUUAGAUGGAGUAACAGAAAUAAGGGAGCAGUGUUGACUCUAUUGAAUGACAAUGUGUUUUUUAAUUUCAUCAUAAGUCGACAAGGAAAAUAUUUAUUCAUUGAUGAUGGACCCUUUCUUGAAUCAUUAGAACACAUUGUUGAAUACUAUAGCUUUAUUUCAGAUGGCUUGCCUACGGUUUUGAGAACACCGGUUCCCCCAAAACCUAAACCACAAGUUCCUGAUUGCUCUACAAUGCCAAGAAUAAAGAAAGCCCACCGCACUAUUGCCUUAAAGAUGACUUCCUUACUUGAUGAUAAAAAAUCAUAUCCUUCCCAAUUCGAACACAUAAAAUUCCAGUCUAAUCUAUCUUUAGUUGUAAAUAAUAAUAAUGAUAAAGAAGAAAACGACGAUUACAUUGCUCCAGAAAGUCUGACUCUUGGUAACCAAAUUGGUGAAGGUGAAUUUGCGUCAGUUUAUGAGGGAACUUACACCAAACCAAACGGUGAACUGCUGAAAGUUGCCAUAAAAACAUUGAGAAGUGAGCAAGUUGAAAUGAACAAAGCUGCCUUUUUGAGCGAAGCUCAUAUUAUGCUUAAAUUAAAUCACCAUUGCAUAGUGAAAUUGUUAGGGUUGUGCAAGGGACCAAAUCUUUUAAUGGUACAGGAAUUGAUGCCUUUAGGAUCUCUGCUACGUUACUUGUAUGAAUAUCGGGAGAGGAUAAAUCCAAACUAUGAAUUCAAGAUCUGGGCCGCACAAAUAGCAUGUGGAAUGAAUUAUUUGGAAGAACAACGGUUUGUCCACAGAGAUUUGGCUGCUAGGAAUAUUCUUUUGGCCAAUCAACAUCAGGCGAAAAUCAGUGACUUUGGAUUAUCUCGAGCUCUCAAUGCUGGACAUGAGUAUUACAUGGCAUUACAGGGGGGGAAAUGGCCUUUGAAAUGGUAUGCUCCGGAGUCGUAUAACUUUGGAAAUUUUCAUCACAAAAGCGAUGUAUGGAGUUUUGGAGUAACAAUUUGGGAAAUGUACUCAUUCGGAGCAAGUCCCUAUGGUGAAAUGAAGGGUUCAGAGGCAAUAGCGCUCAUCGAAAGUGGGGGAAGAUUAGAACAGCCGUCAGCAUGCCCCGACAGCAUUUAUGAAAUAAUGGGCCAGUGCUGGCAAUAUAAGCCGGAAGAUAGGCCUCGAUUCAAGGAAUUGUUGAAUUUUUUCUGUGAAGAUACUGAAUAUAUGAAUAUAAGGGAGUUGUUACCACAAGCUAAUCUUGCAUAAUAUUAAAUUUGAAGAUAUUACAAGUAACGGUGAUUCAUGUGGAGAUAUAUAUAUAUUUAUACAUAUCGAUUUUAGAAUUUAUAAAUCAGACAAUAUUCCAAACGUCCUAUCAUUGUUACAUAAAGUGAUUCAAGUGCCAAUAAAAGUUUCAAUGACCUUUUAUAAUAAUGUUGAUCAGUGCACAAAGCACAUAGGUAUAUAUGAUUUUAUGCAUUUACUUUGUAUAUUGAGAUGAUUUUAUUAUACAAUACUUUUUCAUAAGUAAAUUUUUUUUAAAUCUUA